AUGGAUGAUGCCACUAGUAACCUGCAGAUCGAAGACACUGAGUGCCUCCAGGAGUACGUCUACGUCCAUCGCAAAGGCGCUGCGCCAACCUAUGAUUCGGAGACGCGUUUGCCCCUCACGCUCCUGCCUCCCCCAGGAUCUCGAGGAACACCAAACCUCAUUCCCCAGCCUUUUUUCUCAGCAUCUACAUCGUGGGGACUCAAGAGUGCGCUGUCUCUAGCUCAUGGUGCUGGACGAAGCAUGUCUCGAGCGAAAGCGCUCUCAUCUUUGUCCCAGAAGUACAAAGAACAAAACAUCCUCCAACCACGAGCUGGAGAGACUGAGGGUACUUGGGUGAUUUGUGACGAGAAGGAUUUGGUGUUCGAGGAAGCUCCUGACGCCUGCAAGGACGUUCAGGCCGUGGGUCAGGAUUUGGUAGACGCAGGCGUCGCCACCGUCGUUGGCUGGUGUAGGGCCAGGGUAAGCUACAAGGUGAGGAACGUAGCACAUUGA